CGCCGCCGCCGGCGCUCGAUGCGGAACUGGGCGGGCGGCGCAGAUCGGCGGCGGCGGCGGCGCAGAUUGGACUUGGCAGACUGUUCCGAGCAGAUUCUGUUCCCCAGAGCAGCGAUCACGGCUGAUGGGAUAACUGACCACUGGAUCAAUGAACAGGAAUUCCUUGAGAUGACAUAGGGAGGGGCAUCGAGGACAAUGGUGCAGAAAAAGAAAAUCUGCUCUCGGCUACUUGACUAUCUUGUGAUCAUUGGAGCCAGGCACCCAAGCAGCGACAGUGUUGCUCAGACUCCUGAGCUGCUGCGGCGUUACCCUCUGGAAGACCACGCAGACUUUCCUCUCCCGCCUGACGUCGUGUUCUUCUGCCAGCCAGAAGGAUGCCUGAGCGUGCGGCAGAAGCGCAUGAGCUUCCGCGAUGACACUUCCUUCGUGUUCACCCUCACAGACAAGGACACGGGGGUCACUCGCUAUGGAAUCUGCGUCAACUUCUACCGCUCCUUCCAGAAGCGAGUACCCAAGGAGAAGGGGGAAGGCACGGGCGGGCAUCGAGCUCGAGAGGGACAGAAGAUCCCUAAAUCUGGGGAUGCAUUAGCCCCCCAGGAGGAAGGGGGCACUGAGAGUUCAGAGAGUGGUUCCUCACUGCAGGCCCCCAGUGCGGAGUCUACCCCUGACGUGAAUCGAUCUCCGCGCAGCAAGCGCCUGGCCAAAGGCAGCCAUCGCUCUCGGAACAGCACUCUGACUUCUCUGUGCAUCCUUAGUCAUUAUCCCUUCUUUUCCACCUUCCGUGAGUGUCUGUACACCCUCAAGAGACUUGUGGACUGCUGUAGCGAGAGACUGUUGGGCAAGAAGCUGGGAAUUCCACGUGGGGUGCAGAGGGACACAAUGUGGAGGAUUUUCACAGGCUCUCUCCUGGUGGAAGAGAAGUCUAGCGCCUUGCUUCACGACUUGCGGGAGAUCGAGGCUUGGAUAUACCGGCUGCUCCGCUCCCCGAUGCCCGUUGCUGGGCAGAAGCGGGUGGAUGUGGAAGUCUUGCCACAUGAGCUGCAGCCAGCUUUGACCUUUGCUCUUCCUGAUCCAUCCCGCUUCACUUUGGUGGAUUUUCCAUUACAUCUGCCUUUGGAGUUAUUGGGAGUGGAUGCCUGCCUGCAGGUGCUGACCUGCAUCCUUCUGGAGCACAAGGUUGUAUUGCAGUCCCGAGAUUAUAAUGCACUUUCAAUGUCUGUGAUGGCCUUUGUGGCCAUGAUCUACCCACUGGAGUACAUGUUCCCAGUGAUCCCUCUGCUUCCCACCUGCAUGGCCUCUGCAGAACAGUUGCUUCUAGCCCCUACACCUUACAUCAUCGGUGUUCCAGCAAGUUUCUUCCUUUACAAACUGGAUUUUAAAAUGCCUGAUGAUGUAUGGCUUAUUGACCUGGAUACCAAUAGGGUGAUUGUUCCCACAAAUGCAGAAUCUUUGCCAGCACUGCCAGAACCAGAAGCUUCAGAGCUGAAAAAGCAUCUGAAACAGGCCCUGGCCAGCAUGAGCCUGAAUACUCAGCCCAUUCUUAAUCUAGAGAAGUUUCAUGAGGGGCAGGAGGUGCCUCUGCUGCUGGGAAGACCACAGAAUGAUUUGCAGUCUACUCCCUCCACAGAAUUCAACCCUUUGAUUUAUGGAAAUGAUGUGGACUCUGUUGAUGUGGCUACCAGGGUUGCUAUGGUGAGAUUCUUCAACUCACCAAAUGUUUUGCAAGGUUUCCAAAUGCAUACUCGCACUCUUCGCCUCUUCCCACGACCAGUGGUAGCCUUCCAGGCAAAUUCUUUUCUUGCCUCUAGGCCCAAGCAAACACCUUUUGCAGAUAAGCUUUCCAGAACACAGGCAGUAGAAUACUUUGGAGAGUGGUCACUCAACCCUACUAAUUAUGCUUUCCAAAGAAUUCAUAACAACAUGUUUGACCCAGCCCUAAUUGGUGACAAACCCAAGUGGUAUGCUCAUCAGUUGCAGCCCAUCCACUAUCGAGUCUAUGACAGCAAUUCACAGCUGGCUGAAGCCCUGAAUGUCCCAGCAGAGAAGGAAACAGAUUCUGAUCCCACUGAUGACAGUGGCAGUGACAGCGUCGACUACGACGAUUCAAGUUCCUCCUACUCCUCCCUUGGUGACUUUGUCAGUGAGAUGAUGAAAUGUGACAUUAAUGGUGAUACCCCAAAUGUUGACCCCCUGACUCAUGCAGCCCUUGGUGAUGCUAGUGAAGUGGAAUUUGAUGAUUUUCAAGAAUAUUCAGGGGAUCCUGAUGAACAGACCAUGGACAGUGAGAACUCCCAGGAGAAUAACCAGCCUCGUUCAAGUUCCAGUACUACAGCCAGUAGCAGCCCCAGCACUGUCAUCCAUGGAGUGAAUCAUGAGGCAGCAGACUCAGCAGAAAUAGAAGAGAAGUUGGCUGCUGGAUUUUCAAACCAUCUCUCUUCCUUGCCACUGCAACCAAGCUUUCCCAAGAUAAGCUUGGAUCGUCGUGAGAGUGACAUCGCAGCUGGCAGCAUGAGCUCCUCAGAAGGGGUGGUGAGGAAGCGAGAGUAUGACAAUCCAUACUUUGAACCACAGUAUGGUUUUCCUACAGAGGAUGAAGAUGAUGAGCAGGAAGAGAGCUACACCCCAAGAUUUAACCAGAAUCUCAAUGGAAGCAGGUCUCAGAAGUUGCUUCGGCCAAACAGUUUAAAACUGGCCAGUGAUUCUGAUGCAGAUUCAGAUUCCAGGGCCAGCUCCCCAAACUCUACUGUCUCCAACAACAGCAGUGAAGGUUUUGGGGGCAUCAUGUCUUUUGCAAGCAGCCUGUACAGAAACCACAGCACAAGUUUCAGUCUGUCCAACUUAGCCCUACCAACCAAAGUUGGGAGAGAUAAGAAUACUCCCUUUCCCAGCCUGAAAGUAUUUGGGUUAAAUACUAUAAUGGAGAUUAUUACUGAAGCUGGCCCAGUAAGCAAUGAAGGAAAUAGACGGGCCCUUGUUGAUCAGAAGUCUUCAGUCAUAAAACACAGCCCAACAGUGAAAAGAGAAUCGCCAUCACCUCAGGGACGAUCUAGCAAUUCCAGUGAGAACCAGCAGUUCCUGAAGGAGGUGGUACACAAUGUUCUUGAUGGGCAAGGCGUUGGCUGGCUGAACAUGAAGAGAGUCCGACGCCUGCUGGAGAGUGAGCAGCUCCGUGUCUUUGUGCUGAGCAAGCUGAAUCGCACCAUCCAGUCCGAGGAGGACGCUCGACAGGACGUCAUACAGGACGUGGAGAUCAGCCGCAAGGUUUAUAAAGGCAUGCUGGACCUGCUGAAGUGCACUGUGUUGAGCCUGGAGCAGUCAUAUGCAAAUGCUGGCCUGGGAGGCAUGGCCAGUGUUUUUGGCCUGCUAGAGAUAGCACAUACUCACUACUAUAAUAAAGAACCAGAAAAGAGAAAACGAAGUCCUACAGAUGGAUCUGUCACUCCAGUUGGCAAGGAUCCUGCAUCAUCCCCAAGAGUGGAGCCAAAACCUGCAAUGCAGCUGCCGGUACCUCAGCUAAUGCCAAAGCCACCGAGCCCUGCAGGCAAAGGGCCAAGGGAGUUUGACACAAGAAGUCUAAAGGAAGAAAAUUUUAUUGCUUCCAUUGAAUUGUGGAACAAGCACCAGGAAGUGAAAAAGCAAAAAUCUUUGGAAAAAACGAGACCAGAAGGUGUGAAACAGUUUGAUUUGGGAGAAACAGAUGAGAAGAAAUCCCAAAUCAGUGCAGACAGUGGCCUCAGUUUGGCCUCAGGUUCUCAGAAGAGUGAUUUUGACUCUGUUCCCAGUGGAGGACCAACAGUUAUGGUCCGAAGUACAAGCCAGGAUUCUGAAGUCAGCACUGUGGUUAGUAACAGUUCUGGAGAGACAUUGGGAGCAGACAGUGACUUGAGUAGCAAUGCUGGUGAUGGCCCAAGUGUGGAAAAUGGUGGCAAUUUAGCAGGAUCCAGAGGCACUGUGUCAGACAGUGAAAUUGAGACAAACUCUGCUACUAGCUCUAUCUUUGCCAAGUCUCACAACCUGAAGCAGAGUGUGAAGGAUAGCAAAGGGAGCACUCCAGGGAGAGGUCCAGAGGAUGGGAACCAACGUGUCUAUCUGUAUGAAGGACUUUUGGGCAAAGAGCGUUCCACUUUGUGGGACCAGAUGCAGUUCUGGGAAGAUGCUUUCUUGGAUGCCGUGAUGUUAGAGAGAGAAGGAAUGGGGAUGGACCAGGGACCUCAGGAGAUGAUUGACAGGUAUCUUUCCCUGGGAGAACACGACCGAAAGCGCUUGGAGGAUGAUGAGGAUCGCUUGUUGGCUACUCUGCUGCAUAAUAUGAUUGCUUAUAUGCUUAUGAUUAAGGUGAACAAGAAUGAUAUUAGGAAAAAGGUGCGUCGUCUAAUGGGAAAAUCACAUAUUGGAUUGGUGCACAGCCAGCAAAUAAAUGAUAUUCUAGACAAACUUGCCAAUCUGAACGGACGGGAACUCCCUGUGAGACCCAGUGGCAGCCGCCACAUCAAGAAGCAGACUUUUGUAGUACAUGCUGGGACAGACACAACAGGAGACAUAUUUUUCAUGGAGGUGUGUGAUGAUUGUAUUGUGCUGAGAAGCAACAUUGGAACUGUGUAUGAACGUUGGUGGUAUGAGAAGCUCAUCAACAUGACUUACUGUCCCAAAACAAAAGUGCUUUGCCUCUGGCGCAGGAAUGGCCAGGAGACACAAUUGAACAAGUUCUACACAAAGAAGUGUCGGGAACUGUACUACUGUGUAAAAGACAGUAUGGAGCGAGCAGCAGCAAGGCAGCAAAGCAUUAAACCAGGCCCUGAGUUGGGUGGUGAGUUCCCUGUGCAGGAUAUGAAAACUGGUGAAGGAGGUCUUCUUCAGGUCACACUGGAAGGAAUUAAUCUGAAAUUUAUGCACAGUCAGGUUUUCAUAGAGCUGAAUCACAUUAAAAAGUGCAAUACUGUGCGAGGAGUCUUUGUCCUGGAGGAAUUUGUUCCUGAAACUAAAGAAGUGGUGAGCCACAAGUACAAGACGCCAAUGGCUCAUGAGAUCUGCUACUCCGUGCUGUGUCUCUUCUCUUAUGUGGCUGCAAUUCGUGGAAAAGAGGCAGAAAACAAAAGCAAACCACCUCGACCAGUUUCCAGUUGAUCAGGAUACUUGGAAAUAUCUACCCUUUGGCACACUGAUAUGCAGUGCUCCCAGUUUUACUGCACUUACUGGAGCUCACUUUCUGUCUUUUCUGAGAACUUGAUUAUUUAUGUAUGACCCUGCAAGUCUUUCCCUAUAGAAAAACCUAAGCCUUCCCUGUUCAGUCUCCUUCUGAAUUCAUCCUUAAUGGAUUUUAUAAAUGAGCUUUUAAUCAGACAGUUUUGAGCAUCUGCAUCCAGCUGUGAGUGACUUACUCUGGACAUUCCUUUGAAAUUCCUUUUAUGUUAAGAUGACUAACAGCGAGUUUGGUUGUUUUUUGUUCUAGUGGUACUUGUUACAAUUUGAUCACUUUACAACUGCAGGCUUCUGCUUUCAGAUUCUCUGGUAUGUGCACAGUGGAAGCAGCCUGGUCCUGUAUGUUGUUUCAAUGUUGUGUUUUUGUUGUUUUCCUUCUGUGUUGUUCAUUUUAAAUUACCAACAUGGCAUUCCUGUCACAUAGUUCUACAGUCCCUUUUGGUAGAGGUGAACAAUUUAGCUGUCAUAGUCUCAAAAUAUCAUGUGACAGUUGAAGUUUGGUUAUUUAAUUGGUCCAUCUGUGGAGAUGGCUCUUCUCAAGUGGAGAGAGAAACUUUGAAGGUAGUAUAGUGUAAAAAAACCUCAACACUUCACGGGUUUUGUGGAUUUUCAAAUGGGAUUUUAGGUAACAUUUGUAGCUACCCCAACAGUAGAGUUCACAGAUGCAAAUAAGCACUCCCUAAAGCAGUUAAUCACAGAGAUUAGAGAAUGAAUAAGGCAGUGUAAAACUUGGGAGCAUAUUGGCACGCUACAGAAAUCUGCAGAACAUGUUCAGAAGCCCAGAGGAUUUUGCUGUCUCCAAAUUUUUUAAACUAUUGCUUUUUAUUUUGUUUUCAGUCUGUACCUGUUUAUGAAGGGAUCUUGAAAAUAUUGUGUUUAUGUAUAAUGAAUCUCAACGUAGUUAAAACUAUCCAUCACAUUCCUUAUUUUAAAUAGGCUGGAUAUGAAUGGGUUUUUUGCAUCCUGUUUUUGUUCUUGAACUGUACUGCACUUGUCUGGAAAGCUCUUAGGAUGCUGGAAGGUGAGACUGUCUAGAGAAAAUAAUGUUACAUGUAAAAUACCAGGAAAAAUUGCUCUGACACAAACUGAUGUAUGUUUUGACAUAGAAUCCUGACUAAAUGCACCCAGAAAUAACCCUGUUUUGGCUUGGUCAGGGUAUCUACCAUUUAAAAUGGAAUAUACUAGUAUGGGUGAGGAUGAUGUAAAUAUUAUAGUAUCACAUCUAUUUAUAGAAACUGUACAGCUCUCUGAAUGUGAAAAUAAAAU